CGUGGACCAUCCUAGGUCCACGGACGGUCCGGGGCCCUGCUCCGAGCUCCCCUGGAGUCCCUGCGCCGCGCUCCCGCGCCUCUGCGCCUGCGCACGGUGUGCAGGGGACGGGGUCGGACUCAGAAAUGGCGGCCUCCAUGUUCUAUAGCCGGCAGUUGGCAGCCGCGGUCCUGAGGAGUCACCGGCCGCGGACCGUGCUGCGGGCCGCCGCCAAGGUUCUUGGAAAUUCUGGAUUGUUUAAUAAGUAUGGACUCCAAAUGCAACAGCAACAGCAAAGGAAUCUCUCACUACAUGAAUACAUGAGUAUGAAAUUGUUGGAAGAAGCUGGUGUUUCUGUUCCCAAAGGAUUUGUGGCAAAGUCAUCAGAUGAAGCUUAUGCAAUUGCCAAAAAAUUAGGUUCAAAGGAUGUUGUGAUAAAAGCUCAGGUUUUGGCUGGUGGUAGAGGAAAAGGAACAUUUUCAAGUGGCCUCAAAGGUGGAGUGAAGAUCGUGUUCUCUCCAGAAGAAGCAAAAGCUGUUUCUGCACAGAUGAUUGGGAAAAAAUUGAUUACCAAGCAAACGGGAGCAAAGGGCAGAAUAUGCAAUCAAGUUUUGAUCUGUGAGCGAAAAUAUCCCAGGAGAGAAUACUACUUUGCGAUAACAAUGGAGAGGUCAUUUCAAGGUCCUGUGUUAAUAGGAAGUGCACAAGGGGGUGUUAACAUUGAAGACGUUGCUGCUGAGAAUCCUGAAGCUAUAGUUAAAGAACCUGUUGACAUUUUAGAAGGCAUCAAAAAGGAACAAGCUCUGGCGCUUGCACAGAAGAUGGGAUUUCCAUCUUAUAUUGUGGAUUCUGCAGCAGAAAACAUGCUCAAACUUUAUAGCCUGUUUCUGAAAUAUGAUGCAACUAUGGUAGAAAUCAACCCAAUGGUAGAAGAUUCAGAUGGAGAGGUGUUGUGUAUGGAUGCAAAGAUCAAUUUUGAUUCAAAUUCAGCCUUUCGCCAAAAGAAAAUCUUUGCCCUUCGGGACUGGAGCCAAGAGGAUGAGAGGGACAAGGCAGCAGCUGAGGCAGAGAUCAACUACAUUGGCCUUGAGGGAACCAUAGGCUGUCUAGUGAAUGGUGCCGGCUUGGCUAUGGCCACAAUGGAUAUAAUAAAGCUACAUGGCGGAACGCCAGCCAACUUUCUUGAUGUUGGUGGUGGUGCCACAGUUCAGCAAGUAACAGAAGCAUUUAAGCUUAUCACUGCAGACAAAAUGGUACAGGCUAUUCUGGUCAACAUUUUUGGAGGAAUCAUGAGAUGUGAUAUUAUUGCACAGGGAAUAGUCAUGGCAGUAAAAGAUUUAGAGAUUAAAAUACCUGUUGUAGUACGGUUACAAGGUACACGAGUUGAUGAUGCUAAGGCACUGAUAGCAGACAGUGGACUUAAAAUUCUUGCUUGUGAUGACUUGGAUGAAGCUGCUAAAAUGGUUGUAAAACUCUCUGAAAUAGUGACCUUGGCUAAGCAAGCCCAUGUGGAUGUGAAAUUUCAGUUGCCAAUCUGAGCAAGAUCCUGGUGGAUGGCUGAUGGUGUUAAAUGUGCUAUAAUUCUUUAAAAUACUGUGGUCUGUGUUAUUGUCCCUUUUCUUUUUAGUGUGAAGAUUGUAAUUGCCACAUAGGCACACAAACCUUUGAAAGCUUUUGGUCUGCAUAUAAUUCUGCUGCUCAGAACGGACUGUUAUAUAAAGAAUGUAUAAUGCACGUUUCUAGUUUCUUUUUUUGUAGUCAUCUUUUCUGCUUCUACAGAAUGACUGUCACUUGCAGCAUGCCUGUUUCUGUUGUUGGAUACAAAGUUCUUCAUGGAUAAGAGACCUAUAAAUAAAAUAAAUAUGAAGAUAAAGCUUUAUUAUUUAGUAUGAAAAUAUAUCUAAUUAACAGCCGAAUUAGGGCAGUGGUUUGUUAAAACAAUGUUUUAUAUAAGAAAUGUUUAUCUUCAGCACCAAAUACAUCAUAAAUGUAUCAAUCACUAUUUAUUCAAAGAGCUUUCAAACACUCCUGAGAAUAUUAAGUAUUUCAGAAAAGUAACUUGUUAAUUAUUUGAACAUUGUUUUAAUCAUUACAAGACAACAAUAACUGAGCUUUCAUGAUUCUGUGGCGUUAAAAACUUCCUGCAAGUCUGUAUCAAAUAAAGACAUUUACUAAGGACUUGGUAGGCAAAUUUAGGAACGCCAAUUUAAGUUAAUAAAAAUUUCCCAAUGUG